AUGGAGAAAGUUACGGUGUCUAGGAUUGGAAGCAUGGAAGCAGAUUCAAUGGGCACAAAAGCCCAUUAUCAGGUAGCCCAGAUGAGAGUUAAUGCUCCAAAGAAGGACAAGGCCCCCCCACCUUCAUCGAAGCCCGCCAAGUCUGGCGGUGGCAAGCAGAAGAAGAAGAAGUGGAGCAAGGGAAAGCAAAAGGAAAAGGUGAAUAACAUGGUACUGUUUGAUCAGGGUACCUAUGACAAGCUUCUCUCUGAGGCACCCAAAUACAAGCUAAUCACUCCUUCUAUUCUCUCUGAUCGUCUGAGGAUCAAUGGAUCACUCGCAAGAAAAGCUAUAAGAGAUUUGAUGGCUAGAGGUUCAAUCAGGAUGGUGUCUGCCCAUGCAAGUCAAUGUAUUGCAUGUAGCCCGGAAAGUUUUGUGACACUAGGAGAGGAAUUGAGGGUUGCAGUUAACUGUGUCAACAAGGAAGAACGUGAAGAAGGAGCUCCCGUCCCGUCUGCUCCCAAGAAGGACAAGGCUCCCCCACCUUCAUCAAAGCCCGCCAAGUCUGGCGGUGGCAAGCAGAAAAAGAAGAAGUGGAGCAAGGGAAAGCAAAAGGAAAAGGUGAAUAACAUGGUGCUGUUUGAUCAGGGUGCCUAUGACAAGCUUCUCUCUGAGGCACCCAAAUAUAAGCUCAUUACUCCUUCCAUUCUCUCUGAUCGUCUGAGGAUUAAUGGAUCACUUGCGAGGAAGGCUAUAAGGGAAUUGAUGGCCAGAGGAUCAAUUAGGAUGGUGUGUGCUCAUUCAAGUCAGCAGAUUUACACUAGAGCUACAAACACCUAG